AUGUCCAGCACCAACGAUACCCCUCAAAAGCUUGUAGAGGCGACCGCCCUUGCCAAAUCACAAAUGCAAAUCCCGGGCUUACGCACAGGCUCGACAUCAAACCAAGUCCUUUACAAGAAUUCGACCCAGAAGGCCGUCAGUUUCAACGACCAAGUCCAAGAGGUCUUGUUCUCACGAGACGACGUCAUCGGGCACGAGACAGGAUCGAUGACCACUAAGCUCUCGGGGGUCCCCAGCGCUGCCUGGCAGAAAAUGUGGCUCGAAAAGUCAAUCUCGCUGCGCGAAAUGUGCUUAAAGAAGACACGAGAUGGGUGUAUGCCCGCUUGCGUGAUGUCCUUACAACAAAAUGCCAACUCGAAGAGUAUUCCUGAUACCCGCCAGGGGGACGCCACUGAGAAUGACGAUGAGAUGAACUCGACCAUAGCUGCCUUCGCAAAGAUGACCUUGUCGACGAGUAUAACACCCUCAAGUGAGGUUAGGGUCCGUCACCUUCUCGUCGGCGACCUCUAUUUCCAAACGAUCGAAGAGAUCGAAGAUCAUGUGCAACACCGUCUGUCAAACUUAACGUUCAGCACCGACGAUGCGCUCCGUGGUGCCAUCGAAGGCCUCCAGAGACGCACCAAGGACAAACUCACCGGGCUUCUGAAGUGCAUGGGCAUCCUUUAUCCUUAUCAUGGCCAAGGAGGACCCUGUGAAGCUGUUGCUGAUGCUCUUCAGGACAAAGAUUGGACAGAGGUGGACGCCAAAGCCGACGCACUGUUCAUCUCAUGUGCAACGCCGUGGGUGGUGGAGGCGAUGAAGGAUAUCACAGAGAAGUUCAAGAAGAAGCUCGACAGGAAGACAAGGUCAAGGAUUUGUUGA